AUGAUGCUCUCCACAGCGCUACUAUACCAGGUCCUAUACCUCCUGGCGCCAGUGUCUGGACUCGCCAUUACUCGCGAACCCGAGCAGUCUCUUCUACUACCGAGCACGGCGACUACGACGGCGCUGCUUUCGUCCGAAGCCCUCAUCACACAUACCUUGAUCGCGCCGACGGAAAGACCUGCGACCACGUCUGAGAAUGCAAUAUCAGUCAUUACAGAGCCGCCAACUGCAACAAGACUAGAUCUUGUGCGCCGGCAACCCUGUUGCUUCGACGAAAGAGGCUUCCGGGUAGACUGCGCAACGUGGACGGGCUAUUACUAUACUUGGGGACCGCAAGGCAAUCCGUACGAGGGUGGUCCACAGUGCGAUGGCAACUGGAAUGGUGGCAGCGGAAGCGGAAGUGGUGGCAACGGGAACGGAAAUGGCAACGGCGAUGGCAACGGUAAUGGUCAAGUCGCGGUGCUCAAUGGCCAAAGCUCGCGUUUGCAAAUCAGCUUUGCAUUGGGAGCUGUCCUUCUGGUGCUCGCUGCCCUGCUGUAG